CAAAUGGAUUUUGAUAUUUAUUAUUUCAGAUAAAUAUUUACAAAGUGUUUGGUGAAAGCAUCAGUCCUGUUGAUUCCCGGAGGUUGGGCUAGUCUAGGUUGAUCCCUAGACGUCAACAUGGAUCCGGCCGCCGAUUUAAAUAGUCUUAAUGGGGUUCUAGACAUGUUCCCGUCUGCAGAUAUGCCGGAGAACUUUCUAGAGGACUCAGAACCUUUCUCAGGGACUGUAGAUAAUGGUGAACAAAAUAGAAUUCAGGAACUGGAAACUCAAAUACAGCACGCCCAGUCGGAGAAGGUCAAGCUUGAGCAGAGAAUGCAGGCCUGGAAGGAAGAGGAAACGAAAAUAAAAACACAGGUCGCCUCAUUGACAGAUCAGAAUACAACCCUGUCCUCAGAGAUUACCAAUUUAAAGGAUCAGGUGGAGGUUACGAAUGAAGAGAUAAUGGAUAUGAGAGAAAGCUUUAAAAAACUAGAAUCCGAAAAGGAGAAUUUAUCUCUACAGAAUAAGCAGAAAGGAGAGAAACUGCAAAUGUUAGAAAAUAAACAGAUUUCUUUAGAAAAGGAGCUCUCGGACUAUAAGGAGAAAAGUGAGAAGCUUGUUAAAUCUGAACUGAAUGAACGGGAAGAAGGAAAGAAACUACGUGAAACUAUUGUUCAGCUUCAAUCCUCAGUCCAGGAAUAUGAAUCCCGUAUGCAGGCUCUAACCUCUUCUUCUGAGGAAGAAAAGAAAGCCUCCGCCACGGCUGAAACCAAGUUGAAGGAGGCAGAAGCUGGUCGUUCGGAGGCGGAGAGAAAGGUGAAUGAACUGGAGGUCCAACUCACCGAAGCUGAGGCCAAAAUAUCUGCUACUUCCGGUGCCGGAGAGAGGCUGCAGGUUCUUGAGAUUCAACUCCAAGAAAUCAAAGAUAAACUCUCCGAGGCUGAGGCAAAAGUGUUAGAGGCCACCAGUGCCGGGUACCCGGAGAAGGUUGAGGAGCUCGAGGGUAAACUGCGAGAAACCGAGGCCAAACUGUCCGAGGCUGAGGCUAUUAUGAGCGAAUCUGCAGGGUUACCGGAAAAGUUAAGAUUGUCGGAAGAGAAGUUUAAACAAAAGGAAAUUGAACUCUCAGCGUUACAGAAAAGGAAUCAGGAGGCUAUCGGAGACAAAAACAAGAAGAUUGCAGAUUUGAAUGCCGAGCUUACAAACCUCAAAACAGAUUCGGCGGCCACCGAAUCAAGCAUGAACAUGUUAAGAGAUAACCUUGACGAGGUUAAUAAGAGCCUGGAGAAGAAGAACGGAGAGUAUGGAGAGAUCGUUGGUAAACUACUCAAUACGGAGCUAGUCCUCACCCAGAUCAAGAACAACCUGGAGACAGUAACCAACCAACUGCAGACCAAGGAGGCCGAGAUUUCAGGGCUCAAGCAACAACUCGCACAAAGCCAAAGCAGUUCAGGAGAUCAAGAAAAACUACAGGUUGAGUUGAACACCUUGCGCCAGGAGUUUGCGUCCCAUGUUCAGCAGCUUAAUCUCGUUAAAGGAGAAUUGGAAACGGUUAGAAGAAAGGAGACAGAAACCUUCUCUCAACUAGAAAAUAUUAAACAAGCAAAGGCGAUUGUUGAGACAGAAAACAAGAAGCUGUUGGACGCUAAUCUCAGAAAUUCAGGGAUAUCUCAGGAGAGUAUGGUUGAGAUGAAUAAGUUAAAAAAUGAAAACCAUCGCAGAUUUAAAGAUAUUGAAGGAUAUAUGAUCCAGGUGAAGGAACUGGAUGAAGCUAAGAAAGCUGCUGAAAAAGCUCUUGAAAAUCAGAAAUCUGAAUCCAUGCAGCUUCAUAAACAGAUUCAGCAGUUUCAAACAGAUAGGUUGGCUCUGAUGGCUGAGAAGAAUGCUCUAGUAGCGGAGAAGAAACAAACGGAGAAUAGGUUGAGAAAUACAGAAGCAGAUCUUGGAGCAGUUAAAAACCAGAAAAAUAUUGCAGAACAAAGGGCGGCGGAAGUAGGAAACCUGAGAAAUAUAAACGCUCAGCUGGGAAAGAGAAUAUCAGAAAUAGAGAUGGAAAGAAACAGUUACAGUCAGAGGUGUGGGCCCCUACAGGAGAGAUUAAAAUAUCUCGAGCAGCAGAUUCCGGGUUUGACGAGUACUAUUGAGAGUUUAAAGACUACCCUGGAUCAGAAGAUUAAUGAGAAUACUAAUAUCAGAACUCAGUAUGAAGAUCUAGCUAACAACUAUAAUCAGCUUAGAGAGAACCAGGUAAUCGCCAACAAUCAUCUGCUUGAGAUUGAAACUCUGAAAUCUAAUGUGCAAACCCUUCAGCACUCUGUACUACAGGAGGAGGAAACAUCUAACCAACUGAGAUCUAAGCUUGCAGCUGCUCAGAGCGCUCUAGCCGCAGCGACAGCAGUGUCUGCUGCACCACCUCCUGUUUCCCCGGAGAAGGUAAAGGAGGUGGAGGUGCUUACCAGGAAGGUGUCCGCGUUGAAUAAGACCCUGACAAGCAAGGAUACUGAGAUUAUUGAACUAGAACAGAAACUGGAGGAGGCUAAUAGACUGGUUAAAGAAAAUACGGAAGAAAGGGAGAUGGAGAAGAAAUCAUCUAAGAAGGAUUCAAGCAAGGAGGUUGAGGGUUUGAAGAAGAAGAUAGAGGUGCUGAAUAGGAACCUGGAUGAGAAGAAAGGAGAAGCUUAUGCAUGCAAACAGCAAAUGCAGGAGUAUCAGGAUCAUAACAAGGAGUUACAGAAGGAGAUUAACAAGCUGCAGACCAGAAACAAGGAUGCAAGGAAUGAUAGAAGAGAUAGUAAGGAUGGAAAGCAGCUAACUAAAAAGCAGCUGCCAGGAAACGAAGAAGCUGGUCUCUCUAAGAAGCAGGAGAAGAAGUAUGAGGAUAAAAUCAAGGAGCUGCAACACAAAUUAAAAUCUUUAGCCUCAUCCCCUCCACCUAGCAAAGUGAAUGGGACUGGUGCUUUAGAGCUAGAGCUAGAGAAGAUGAAGAAGAUAAUUGAAAAACAAGAAGCCGACCUCAACGACGAAAGAGCAAAAGUGUUGGCUUUGGCUGGAUUGAGUAAUGAUCAAGAAUACUCACUUGCUGGUCGGCGGAGGAAUGCAAGAUCUGUUGGUGGAUAUUUAGCUCUAGCUGGAUACAAUCCUACUCCAGCUAAACGGGCAAAAAAGGAUACAAAGGAAGAGGAGGAGAAGAAGGAGGAGCAGAACCAGAUGAAUGGAGAGGAUUCUGAGACUAAGUCCACUCCUACUACAAAAGUAAAGAAAACUCCCGUUUUAAAGAAAACUCCUAUAAUUAAGAAAACGCCGGCUGCAAAGAACCCUAAACCCCAGAAACCCAACCCUGCUCCAAAAUCUGAGACAGAAGAUACAACACUUGACGAAGAAAUCUUCGAAGAAGUAAUCACCCCAGUUAAAAAAGGACGCAAGUCUCCCAUCAAAUCAAAAUCCGCAAAGAAACCAUCAGAAAUACCACCUGUGGCAUUGGAUAUUCAGAAAACAAGCAAACGCUCCAGACCUAUUCAAAAUCUGAAUGAAGACGAUGACGAUAUUCUUGCGCUUUUUGACGAGGAGGAAGAGGAGCUUGAACCCCCGAGAAAGAAAGGAAAAACCGAAACUCCCGCGAUUAAAAAAUCCGCCAAGAAGACCCCAGGAAUCAAGAAGACACCGGUGCAGAGAAAGCAGAAAGGAGAAGAUGUCGCGCCUGAGCCAACCCAUACUUCUAAACGUGGACGGGGAGCUGGAACACCCACCCCUGAGGAACGGUUCUACGCUGAAGCAUUUGCCACGCCAGUGCGCGGUAAGGGCCGUACCAUAACUCCCGCCAAAAAGCUGGCAAAUAUUCCUGUUAAUGCCGAAUUAGCACCUAUUGUUGCUCCUAAGUCGGGAAAGAAAGGAAUACCUGAAAAGACAGAAAUCCCCCAAGCUCCCGAAACUCCUAAACCUGCAAAAUCCGCCAAGAAAGGGAAAGUGGCCUUGAAACCAUCUGAAAUGUUUAAUGAACCAGACUCUUCUGUCCCCAAGUCUACCAAGAAAGGGAAGGGUAAAGUGAAAGUUCCUGAAGCUGAGAUUGAACCCCCAACUGUUGAUGCAACACCUAAGCAAAGUAAGAAGGGAGGAAAAAACAAAACAAGAAGCCCUGAACCUGAAAUAGAAUCCCCCCCGGCACCCACUCCUAAAUCCGCUAUGAAAGGAAGAAGUAAAACUUCAUUAUCUGGAAUUAAAAAUAAAACAGUAAACCCUGAACCUGAAAUAGAAUCCCCUCCAGCACCCACUCCUAAAUCCGCUAUGAAAGGAAGAAGUAAAACUUCAUUAUCGGGAAUUAAAAAUAAAACUGUAAACCCUGAACCUGAAAUAGAAUUCCCCCCAGCACCCACUCCUAAAUCAGCUAUGAAAGGAAGAAGUAAAACUUCAUUAUCUGGAAUUAAAAAUAAAACAGUAAACCCUGAACCUGAAAUAGAAUCCCCCCCGGCACCCACUCCUAAAUCCGCAAAGAAAGGAAGAAGUAAAACUUCAUUAUCUGUAAUGAAAAAAGAACUGAAGAAAGGUAAAGGCUCUAAAGCAGUCCCAGAACCUGAGCUUAAACCUGCGCCCACCCCUAGAAAGGGUGAAAGUGUGCUCCCUGAGAUUGAACUCGAACUUGAGGGGCAACCUACUCCCAAGAAAGGAAGACCUGUUAAGAAGGGGAAUAGCGGAUUAGUUGCUGAAGAACUUUCUUCUGAACCUACCCUUCCCCCACCCAAGAAAGAGAAGGGAGCCACUGCUGUUGAAGAACCUUCACCUGAACUAUCCCCUCCCCCUAAUAAGGUAAAAGGUGGAAAUAGGAAAUCUCAAGCUACUAAACCUGCAGGAAAAAAGAAACCUCUGACGAAACCUGUCUCAAAGAAAUCUGUCGCUCCAUCUAAAAGGAAGGCUUUACAGCGUAGAUGAAAAAAAUAUGUAUACAUGACACGUUUAUUCGUUAAAAGUUGAAAAUACGCUAAGAUUGAAUGCAAAAUGGUCCCUGUUGUGAUAGAAGCCAUUUUAUUUUUUUGAAAAUCUGUAAAUACUUUAUCUCCGUUUAAGCUGGACACUGUCUUGCUAAAAGAUAUUAUUUUUAUAUUUUUGUUUGGAUUCUGUUUAGAAAAUUCUGUACGCUAAGCAGGUGCCCUAGAACUGUCAAAUUAAGUGUGGAGUUAUGAUGCAAAGAAUGUUCCAGGGCCCUUGCUUCUAGCCUCUUGUACCUGUUGGUAAAAAUUAUAGUUUUAGAAAUACAUGCAAACCUCAA